GUUAAGUUAAAUCAGAGGCGGUCACUGGCACACUGCGGUGGUCUCUCUGUCUCCCUCUCUCUCUCUGCACCGAGAGCAUCAGCGGCCUUCUGGUUCAGCACCACAGGACUCGCUGAGGCCCUCGCCCAAGGCCUGUAUCAGUCACCACAGACGCACCCUGCUGACACGGCCCUCUGUUUAAAAAGUCCCAGGAUCUGGCACUAAAAAGGGAAACAUGCCGAAUAAAACUGGAGCCGCGACGGGCGGCAUAGAUCUGGCAUGCGGCAUUACUGGAAACCACAAAUUCUUCUUCAUCCUGAUACCCAUCGUCUAUGGCUGUAUCUUUGUCAUUGGCAUUGUCGGGAACAGCAUGGUGGUGGCUGUCAUCUACUGCUACAUGAAGCUCAAGACCGUGGCCCACAUAUUUGUCCUUAACCUCGCGGUUUCUGACCUCACCUUCCUCAUCACUUUGCCGAUGUGGGCCACCUUCGCCGCCAGGGGCUAUCACUGGCCCUUUGGAGGGUUCCUGUGCAAGGCCAGUGCGGGGCUGGCGAUUUUUAACCUUUACACCAGCAUCUUCUUCCUCUCAGCGCUCAGCAUCGACCGGUACCUCGCCAUCGUGCACCCAGUGCGGUCCCGCAGGUUCCGCACUGUGGUGUACGCACGGAUCACCUGUGUGGUGGUCUGGCUCUUUGCCUUUGUGCUCAGCGUUCCCACAGCUCUCACCAGGGACGUCUACAACAUCACGGACCCUAACACUACGGUGUGUGGCACUCUGCACGACCACAAUGGGACGCUACCGCUGAAGGAGCUCCUGCUCACCAUCAGCCUCAUGAAAAGCUUGCUGGGAUUCCUGGUGCCCUUCAUCAUCAUCAUCACCUGCUACUGCCUCAUUGGUCGAGCGCUGGUGGGGGCGAGACACAUCCAGAAGAGCUCCCGUUCACGGGACGACGAGGUCCUGCGCAUGCUCGCCGCCGCUGUCAUGGCCUUCUUCCUGUGCUGGGCGCCCCAUCAGGUUUUCCACUUCAUGCAGGUGCUCACCCAGCUGAUGAUGGGGAAGAACUGUGCCCUCUUGGAAAUCAUUGACACGGCCGUGCCCUUCACUAUCUGUAUCGCCUACUUCAACAGCUGCGUCAACCCAAUAGUGUACGGCUUUGUGGGGCAAAACUUUCGCAAGAACUUACUGCGGCUGUUGCACUGUGCGCCAGGGGGACCCCAUGGGCCUCACCCGAGCAUCAGCUCCAAGAUGAGCGCCCUGUCCUUCCGUGCCACGGAGUCGCUGAGUCUUACAACCAAAAGCAAGGCCUCCACUGACGUUAAGUGAUACAAAAAAAAAAAUUGGAAAAACAAAAGAAAGUGGGUACAACCUCACUCUCCCUGCUCUUUUGUUCUUUUGUUGAGAGUCAAGGGAUGGAGACAUUCCAUGUUUUUAAGAGCCCCAACUGUAUUAACAAGCACUGAACCACGGAGAAUGGGUGUAACGUUAUAAUCAAGCCCGUCAUACAAAGAAAAGAAUAAGAAAACUGUAGAAAACCAUAGAGAGAAUUCCCCAGCUAGAAUAAUCUAUAUAUGAUAGCUGAUUGCUUUGGCCAUUAUUUAUAUAUAAGAUACGUAUGCACUGCAGAUUCCGUCACCAUUAUACCUUGAGGAUACAGUGAAGUAGCAUAUUGUGCAGUGAUAACCAUUUUGUGUACUCCUCAGGGCCUCAACCUAUCUGACACGUUAUCUUGCGCUCACCACUCGUGCAUGUUCUGCCAGCAGUUGUGUACAUGGAACAAUUUGAACUGUGUAGCAAAGAACAUGAUGUAAAAUCCUACCUGCUAUUAACAUAUUCGACCACUUGCGCCUAUAUGUUAUAUAGUACUGUUAAAUCAUGUGAUCUGUGUGACGCUGUAGGAUAAGUGUUUAUAACAGUCCGUAAUGCAGUUUCCAUGUAAUACAUUGUAUGAAUAAGAGUGGUACACACAUACACACACACACACACACACACACUCCAUGUUGGGUGAUCAAUGUCAAUAUCUAUGGUGGUUGUAUUUGUCAUAUUUAAACAUGUUGAUAGAUUUUUUUUUCUACUCUGUAAGUGUACAGUUUGUGAAUAUACGAAUAAAAUAAAGAAUCGG